GGUUAAAAUGAGAUAUCUGAUACUGUAAAGUGGACGAGUACAGCUGGGUUAUGACGCAACCAUCAGAGCAAAGGCAGUCCAGUAACUAAAAUGCUCAAGAAAGAAAACAAAUACCGAGCAUGAAGGCCACAACCCCACCAAAACUGAAGCCAGACAUGAGAUACUUCAUGUAAGGAAGUCGUUAUAGUCUUCUCCGAAACAGUAAUGCCUAGGCUACUGAUGAGACCAUAACGAUCUUUGCCUCCAGAAAUUUCGAGAUGGCCAAUUCAACCACCACAGAACCUCCAAAGCAGCCCUGCUCCCGGAACACCCUGAUCAUGCAGCAGAUCAUUCCUGUGUUGUAUUGUGUGGUCUUCAUCACAGGGAUCCUCCUCAAUGGAAUAUCAGGAUGGGUAUUCUUUUAUGUGCCCAGCUCUAAGAGUUUUAUCAUCUAUCUCAAGAACAUUGUUGUCGCUGACUUUCUGAUGGGCCUGACUUUCCCUUUCAAAGUCCUUGGUGACUCAGGCCUUGGUCCCUGGCAGGUGAAGGUGUUCGUAUGUAGGGUCUCUGCCGUGAUCUUCUAUGCUAAUAUGUAUGUUAGCAUUGUGUUCUUUGGGCUCAUCAGCUUUGAUAGGUACUAUAAAAUUGUAAAGCCCCUUUUGACUUCUAUUGUCCAGUCAGUGAACUACAGCAAACUGCUGUCUGUGGUUGUGUGGAUGCUCAUGCUUCUCCUCGCUGUCCCAAAUAUCAUUCUGACAAACCAGAGUGUCAAGGAGAUUACGAAGAUACAGUGUAUGGAACUCAAAAAUGAGCUGGGGCGGAAGUGGCACAAAGCGUCUAACUAUGCCUUUGUGAGCAUUUUCUGGAUUGUGUUUCUUCUGUUAAUCAUCUUCUACACAGCCAUAACGAGGAAAAUCUUCAAGUCUCACCUUAAGUCCAGAAGGAAUUCCAUCUCAGUCAAAAGAAAAUCCAGCCGCAAUAUAUUCAGUAUUGUGCUUGUAUUUUUUGUCUGCUUUGUACCUUACCACAUAGCCAGAAUCCCUUACACAAAGAGUCAGACGGAAGCUCAUUACAGCUGCCAGUCAAAGGAAACCCUACUGUAUGUGAAAGAAUUCACUCUGCUACUCUCUGCUGCAAAUGUAUGUCUGGACCCCAUUAUUUAUUUCUUUUUAUGCCAGCCAUUUAGAGAAGUCUUAAAUAAGAAGCUACACAUCCCGUUAAAAAUCCAGAAUGACCUAGACACUUCCAAAAGCAAGAGGGGAAACACAAUUCAUGAAAGCACAGAUACUCUGUGAAUUCCCAUUCCCUUCCAAGUACUGUCCAUUUGUUGCAUGAUAAUCAAGAAGUAUAAAUAAAAAUGCAUGCUUAUGAUGAUAAGUAACCUAUCUAGCAAUAUUACUCAAUAGUAAGUAUGAAGUUCAAAAUAGUAAGUACAGAAAAAUUCAAAGUUUCCAUGUAAAAUGAAAAGUCUGCACACAUGGCACUUUUUUAGAAAUCAAGUGAAUGGAGGAAUAGCAUGUGGUUUCUGGUCUACGAAUAACCAAAACUGAACCCUUCUCUGAUAUUAACUUGCUUCUUAGAAAACACCCAAUCUUUCAGAUGGUCCUGCAAAAGAUUUUUCUAUUAAUGCUCAUAUCUACUUCCUGUUUUACACUCUGUAUGUACCAAUAAACAAGUUGUCUUCAAAACCA